AGAGAGAGAGAGAGAGAGAGAGAGAGAGAAAAGUCUCCGCUUUCGACGCUGGAGGCGGGAGGCUUUGCAAAGAGAGGCGCAGGAGGGGCGUCCUUUUACUUUCGCUUUCUGCGUAGCGGAGCGCAGCUGGCGCAAGACUUCCCAUUCGCGGGUCUCAGAUGGCUGAAAAACUUCCUGGCACUGUUCCAUCACAGAUGGAUGAAGAAGAAGGUUAUGAUGAUGAAACAGAUGCAUUCCCAAGCAGGAAAAAUCGAAUAUCGCUCUUUCAAAAGAAAACAAAGAAUGAUCAGCAUCCAGAGUCCAGUAGCCAGUACCGAAUUGUUACUCCAACUUUCCGAUAUCGUAUGGACUACAAGAAACUUGGUAAAUGUGUUAUUAUAAACAACAAGAACUUUGCAAAAGAUACAGCAGGCAUGAGAAUACGCAACGGCACUGAUAAAGAUGCUGGAGACCUGCAGAAAUGUUUUCGAGGCAUAGGAUUUGAUGUUUCUAUCUAUAAUGAUCUCACUUGUGAUAAUAUGGAGAAAAUACUUGGUGAAGCUGCUGUUGAGAACCAUGAUGAUGCCGCUUGUUUUGCCUGCAUAUUAUUGAGUCAUGGAGAGGAGGGUCUUAUCUAUGGCACUGAUGGAUGUAUGGCAAUCAAGAAUUUGACUGGCCUUUUCAGAGGAGACAAGUGCCAAAGUCUCAUUGGAAAACCUAAAUUAUUUUUCAUUCAGGCAUGUAGAGGAUCAGAAUUUGAUGCCGGAAUUCAGACUGAUUCAGGUUCUUCCAAUGACAAUCUGGAAAUGGAUGCUAAUCCAAGAUACAAGAUUCCAGUGGAAGCAGAUUUUUUGUAUGCCUAUUCCACUGUGCCAGGUUAUUUUUCCUGGAGGAAUCCUGGGAAAGGUUCCUGGUUUGUGCAGUCUCUUUGCUCGGUUUUGAAUGAUCAUGGCAAAGAGCUGGAGGUCCUGCAGAUUCUGACCAUGGUGAACUACAAAGUAGCCAGAAACUAUGAAUCCCAGUCUGAUGACCCACGGUUCAGUCAGAAGAAGCAGGUUCCAUGUGUGGUCUCCAUGCUCACUAAAGAACUUUAUUUUUAAAAUCUCACCUGUGUUGGCCAGUAAAGCACCAAUGAUGCCUUAUUUUCUUUCUCUCCUCUGGUGAAAAAUUGAAAAUAUGAGCGAGCCACAUUUUGUAAUACAGUAGUGAACUUUUUAAAUCAAAGCAAAAGACAACUCAGAUUAAGUUAGCCAUCAUUCUUUUGAAAUAUGCAAUACCAAUAUUACCUCAAUUGAUUCUUAUAUAUACAAUGUCUCACCAAUAUAUGCAGUAGAUAUUUCUAUUCUUUGUUGUUUCUAUUCACACUGAAACGAAUAUCUGUGCUACUUCUCUUACUUGUGUGGAGUCUCUUUCUUAUUUUUUUAAAAACCUUUCAUAAGUUUCUGGUGUUAACUUUUGUUUUUGUUUCCAUAACGGCAUCACUACAUAGAAACCAUUGUUUGUUUGAUGACCAGCCAUAGAAUAACAAGACCAGAUACGAAAGAGUGGGUCAAAUACCCAUAUCAUCUUUAAUUUAACGGGACCUGAAAUAAGCUAGAGGGGGAGUAACCUAAUGUGGGUCCAGAUGAGACCAGGUGUCACUUUAGAAUACCUCCUCAGCCUUCACUUGACUGAACCCCUGAGUAAUUGGCUUGAUCCCUGAUCGUCGACUUACUGGAAGGUAAACCCAGGAUAUUCCCAUCCAAGUUGCAGGACCUUAUAAAUGAGAGCAGAUCAGCUUCCAGGGUUGACUCCUUCACCCCUAUUCUGGGUCACAGAAUCUAUGAGACCAAUUCACAAAAAAGAUGCCAAGAGUGUACACUACAGUCUUGCAUUAUCUCCCGCUCCCUACCAUGGACAAGAACAAGAGGAGACUUAGUCUCGUUCCUAGACCUGGCUAGCCAAUAACUCACUCGGCCCCUUUGCAAGUAUUUCAGUAAGAUCAAAUUGUGUUUUGAAAAUGAAUGUCAUCAGCCCAUUAGAGCUCUGGACAAUGAAAACAAAUGUUAAAACAUGCAAGGAAGCAACCCAAACCUCUGUGUAAAGCAUCCAAGGACUCUAUGUUCGAUGCUGUUCCUAUCGAAAGAGGCACAUGAAAGGGCGGCCAGGCCUUAAAUAGCCUACCACUGUGCCCCCAUCACAUGUUGUAACCCAACGCCCUGUGCCAAGCACAAUGCCUCCUGGUUUCUGACCAUGAAGGUCAUCAAAGACAACAUUCGUUUUCAUUCUUUCGCCAUACUUGUUUGGGUAUGUAUUCUCAAAGCAUUAUCUGAAUAGGAGAAAAAGAGGAUAUGAAAAAUAUGGGUUUGUGACCAAAGUUUGCCGAAAAUUUUAGUAAUUAAUAUAUGCAUAGUAUCAUUAAUGUUGACAUUGUCCGAAGAUAAUGCCAUUCAGCAUAUAUUGCCUAGUCUCAGAAUGGGUGAGUAUAUUCAAAGCAUGGCUAAGAGAAGAAUCUUAGUAACCAUUUUAUGUAUUCACCAUCUAGAAUCCCUGUAUUUCAGUAGGUUUCAGCUUCUCUUCCCCCACUUAUUGUAGACAACUUAUUAAAAACUAGAAAAUAUUUGAAUUACUACUUUUUAUCCAUUGGGGAGAUUUCUGGGGGUUUAUAGAAAUGACUCAACAAUAAUUAAAGUGUACAAUUGGCUCAGUGCAUGAACAAUUCAGUAGCAAAUGUGGAUUCUAGUUUUUAAGCAUUACAAUUCAUGUCACUUCCAUUUUGAGCAGUAAGAACAGAGGCAUGAAGAAUUUGCCCUUUGCUAAUUUUCCAAGGUGAGGUAAUCUUGGAAAAGUCAUACUCUGAGUCUCAGAGGAAGGCAGUGGCAAACCUCUUCUGAGGAAAUCCUGCCAUGAAAACUCCCUGAUAGCUUCACUUUAGGGUCACCUUCAGUCAGAAUAACUUGAAGGACACACAACAACAAAUUUAUAUUCAUGGAAUGUAUUGCAUCAGUGGAAUAAUGUAAUUAAUUCCACCCUGUUUUUUUGCAGUUUAUUACAGACACAAAUUGUACAUAGUAUAGCCAUCUAGUCCCUUCGUUUCUUUUAAGGAUCCAUUUGAGCAAUUUCAACAUUUUAGUGGCUACGUGACUCAUUUUACAUUGCAAAACCUUUGAUCAAAACCAGAAGUGACUUCUAGUCUUCUAAUCUUCAAACAGGCCAAAGUUAUCUCAAAUAUUUCAUGCAAAAUAGAAGGGUGUGUGGGCCAUGGGAGUAGCUAUAUCUUUUGGUGGCCCAAAGAAGACAUGUGGAACCCGAGACUGUGGACUAGUUGCCCAAUUCUACUGCUGUUGAGGAAUCAGACUUUUCUUUCUUAAUAUCAUAACCUAUACCUUCCACAUUCGCAACCUUGUUAGAUUUCACUUGAACACAGAGAUACGAGUAUCAAUUUUACACCACAUAAACCAAUUCCAUUGGUUUGCUGUCAUGAUUUUAUAACCAAUAUUAUAAUUAUGUACAAUUUUCCAGAUGUAUAUAAAUUGCAGAUAUGUAAACUGCUGUCAGAUAUUACCCAAUGUUACUUUUGUCUGGAAUGGGAUCUUGUGACUCCCUCCUCAAAUCAUUUUGAUGCCUCCAGGAUCCUCCAGUAUCCCCAAAAUGUAUGUUAUGGAGAAUCUUUUUCUUGAUAUCUUAUGGAUUUGCCUGUUUAAAAUAAUCUUGGCUCACGGUUUCCAACUACAUAUAGAAAUUAGGUUCUAUAUCACAGAAAAUCACUGUAAAUGACUGCUUUUUAUGUAGCUUUCAGAUUUAUAGGAUGUACAUACUGAUGAUGUUAACUAGGGACAAGCUAGUUAUUUUACUUCAGAUUGGAAAUUUGAAUGGGAUUUACAUGGAAUAAGAAUGCCUUCAGAAACUCUGGAAUCAAUCAUUAAAAUACAGUGUGGGAGGGCGUCAGGAAAGUUGUGAUGUGUCUGAAUCUAGCCUAACAAAAACAUUUCUCCCAAGUGCAUGUAUGUGUCAAGAUAAUAACCUAUUAACUUCCAGAAUAAGAACAACAGUAGGAAUUUUACCUUGCAAAUACACUUGGCCAUCUGUAUCCACCAGUUUUGCAUCUACAGAUUCACUCAUCAUCUUUAUGCCGAGAGGAGGAUGAGUCACAUGGUAGCUGAGAGCACCCCAGGGGACUCUCAGCUACUACAUACUUCCUCCCCCAUCUUUUUGGCAUAAGGACGUGGUAGACCACCAUGUCCUUAUGUUAAGAAGACAGGGAAAAUGAGGAAGGUCUGAUGUAAGUGUCAAGAGGGCUGCAUCCAGCCCGGCUUUAGUUUGCCCAUGCCUACACUAUACUAAUGUCUGAAAAUAUCCUGCUAUAGUCUGCUAUCAUUUCACAAAUUCUUAGGCUCUUUCUCCAUCACUUGUUUGAGUUAUUCAUUGUUUUACAAAAGGGAUAUCACUUUACUACACCGUUGUAUUUAACAGGACUUCAGCAUCUACGGAUUUGGGUAUCCACAGCAGGUUCUGGAAUCAAACCUCAGUGGAUAUGGAAGACUCAUUUAAAUGUGCUCUGGUACUCAGCAUUAUUUUUGGCAGUUAAGUACUGCUGAAUUAGUUUGAGUUUAUUUGAACACCUGGAUCCCCGGUGGUGUAGUGGAUUAAAGCCUUGUGACUUGAAGGUUGGGUUGCUGAUCUGAAAGCUGCCAGGUUAAAAUCCCACCUGGGUAGAGUGCAGAUGAGCUCCCUCUAUCAGCUCCAGCUCCAUGCGGGGACAUGAGAGAAGCCUCCCACAAGGAUGAUCAAAACAUCCGGGCGUCCCCUGGGCAACGUCCUUGCAGACGACCAAUUCUCUCACUCCAGAAGCAACUUGCAGUUUCUCAAGUCACUCCUGACACACACACACAAAAAACCUGAACACCUGAACACUCUGCAGGCAUAGUAGUCCUUUUUGUUAGCAUUUCACAAUAUCGAUUGUUCCUUUUCUGUUUUAUAAGAGCAGAUCUUCAAUAAAUGUCUUAAUCGCUUGAGGUCAAUCAGCUGUUUAUAAACCACAGGGAUAUGUUAAAGCACUUUUGUUCAUCAGGGAAGGAAAUCAAAACUGCAGAUCUAUAUAUAGUUGGUGAAAAUAUAGCCAUUCUGCAUAUUUUUAAUUAUUGGAGGGCAAUGUAGAUUCUCCCAUAAUAUGUUAGUGAAUUCUGUGGGAAAACAGAUAAUGCAAAGAAAUAAAGAUAAUUUUGUAACAAA